GAUUACAAGCUUACAAACUGAGUGACGACCUUUUAAACAUUAACUAACUUAACUAACUAGUUAUAAUGAGGUGAUUAGCUAACAUGCCGCCAUGAAAAUCCAUUCCUGCCUCCCUCCGGAAAAGCCUCCCUCCGAGCCCGAAAGCGCCUCUAUCCAAAUGCAAGUCAAAAAGACCUCCGUGAAUGGUUUGAAUCUGAAUAUAACCAUACCCUCUCAUCCGGUCUCAUCUCCGAUAUCCUAUACAGCAAAUAUAGUCAUCUUGAUAAUGACAAACCACCCCGAGAUUUAAAGCGCCAACGUCGCGAGAAUUGGCCGGAGCUGGAGAAUGCCUUAUAUGAUUGGACAACACGUGUUGAAGGACAAAUAUCUGUAUCUGCAGAGAUCAUACGGCAUAAAGCAGAGAUCUUUUGGGAUUCCAUUUAUCCUGGAAUGGAGAAGCCUACAUUCAGCAAUGGCUGGCUCCAUCGGUUCCAAGCCCGGAGAACUAUCAAAUGGCGUGAGCAGCAUGGAGAAGCUGGUGGUGUCCCAGAGCAGGCAGAGCAAAAAAUGGUGAUGAUUCGGCAGGCUCUGGGUGCUUAUAGCCUCAAGGAUCAGUUUAAUUGUGAUGAAACAGCACUUCUUUGGAAGCAAACUCCAGUCCGAAGCCUCUCAACACGGCAGCUUCCUGGUCGGAGAAAGGAGAAAGCAAGGAUCUCUGCUCUAUUCUGCUGCAAUGCAGAUGUCACUGAGAAACUAGAACCCUGGUUUAUUGGAACUGCUCGGAAUCCACAUGCUUUUAGAGCUGCAGGCAUAAAUAUUCGGAAUUUCAAUUUAAUCUGGCGGAGUAAUCAAAAGGCCUGGAUGACUUCCCAAAAAUUCAUUGAGUUUCUUCGCUGGUUUGAUGCAGCAGCAGCAGAUAUACUAGCAAGUCAACAACCGCUUCAAAAUACACUUAUUAUAUGGCUUCCUGCAAACUCAACAAGCCGAUAUCAGCCACUUGAUCAAGGGAUCAUCCACUGUUGGAAAGCAUACUGGAAGCGGUACUGGGUCAAAUACAUCCUGUGUGAAUUUGAAACCAAUCGAAACCCUGUUCUUACAAUGAAUGUUCUAAAAGCCAUCCGAUGGGGCUUGCAAGGCUGGGAGUAUGGAGUUUCUGGGCGAGCUAUUCAGAACUGCUUUCAAAAAGCUCUUGACCCUCAAAUACAGUAUCAAGAACCUGUGGAUCCUGCAGUAAUGGACGACAUCCAGGCUUCCUUCUCUCAGCUUCGGCUAUCUACGCCAAUUCAAGAUCUAAUGGAUAUAAAAGCUUUCCUAAAUCCCGCAGAGGAGGCCGUCCAGGACUCUCCUGAUGAUAUUGAAAGCCGGGUUUUGGCUCAAUAUAUGCCGGAGAUUGAGGAAGAUCCUGAAGAGCUAGAAAUUUUACCAAAGGUGUCUGCGGAGGAAGCAAUUGCAGCCAUUCAAAGACUCCGUAUGUAUGAAGAGCAGCAAGUGGAAGGAAGUCCUGCCUUUAUACGUGAGGUGGAGAGGCAUGAGCGUAUUAUAUGGCGUCGGAAGUUGAAUUUGCAAAGUCAGCGUGAUAUUAGAAGCUAUUUUUCAUAUUAGUAGGCAUUUUUGGGCUCCGAAUAUAUAGAUUGCUAUCAGAGGCUGUUUUUCUGCUUGAGUAUCUAUUACCUCGCUAUAGCGAGAACCCUGUUUUAACGAGAUAAUUAAGCUUCCUCCUUUAUCUCCUUAUAGCGAGGUUUUACAGUAU